UUCACACAUUCAACUAAUCAAAGCCACACUCAGAAAUUUCUCCGGGAGAUUACCCCUUCUUAGCUCUUUGAUAAGAACGGCCAUUUUGUAUCCAUACAAACAGUUUAAAGGCCCCCACAAAACCAAAAUAAUUUGAGAAUUUCAGCCAAAAAAUAUGCCACAAAAACCCCACCAAAAUCACAAUUUUCGUUACCCUCAAACUAACUCUCUCAAUACUAUCAUCCUAUACUACCAUGGCUACUGCCAUGGCAGUUGCAACAACUAAUCUGUCUUUUAGCCCUUUGACUAAUCGCAAAAUGAUGAACACAAAACUUGUUAGGGGAAAAUCCCAGGUUUCCUUUAAUGUAGGUGUUAAUCCCAUUAAAUGUCAAUCAAAUAAUGAAAAAUCAGGGGCACCCAUUAAAUUUGUUGGUUCUGGGUAUCGAUUUUUGCAACUGGGUCCUCAUAAAACUCAUUCAAAUCGAUCAAUUUUGGCAAAAUCACUUGGUUCUAGUUCUAAAGAUGGUGUUACUUCCUCAAUCUUUCAAACUGUGGUGGGUGUACUGCAUUUGGUUGUUUCACUGGGGAUUAUAUUGGCGAUGGAUAAGUUGCUGAAGCAGGCUUUUGUAGCUGCAUCAAUUCAAUUCCCAAGUGCAUUAUUUGGAAUGUUUUGUACAUUUUCAGUUCUAACAAUCCUUGAUACUAUAGUUCCGGCUGCUGCAGCGGGUUUGAUGAGCUUUUUUGAGCCAGCCCUUUUGUUCAUUCAAAGAUGGCUUCCAUUGUUCUAUGUUCCUUCACUGGUAAUUUUGCCUCUUGCUGUAAGAGAUAUACCCGCGGCUUCUGGAUUGAAGAUCGUUGGCAUUCUAGCUGGUGGGUGGCUAGCUUCUCUUUGUGUUGCUGCAUAUACAGCUAUAGCUGUGAGGAACCUCGUCAAGACAGAAAUGAUGCCUGCUGAGCCUAUGGCAAAACCACCUCCCUUUUCUGCUACUGAAGUGUGGGCUUGGAGUGGCAUUUUCAUUGCAUCAUUUGCUGGCGCAUACCUAUACCCAACAAUACUGGGAACUGCUGCUCGCACCUGCCUUCCAUUCUUGCUUUCAGCGACAGUACUAGGCUACAUGAUUGGCUCUGGGUUACCUUCUGCUCUAAAGAUGCUGUUUCAUCCAAUUAUCUGUUGUGCACUUUCAGCGGAUUUGGCAGCCUUUGCCUUUGGGUACAUCUCAAAAUCUGGAAUGGAUCCUGUUUUAGGAUAUUAUUUAACCAAGGUGUCAACAAACCCUGGAGCUGGUGACAUUUUGAUGGGAUUCUUGGGAUCAGUUAUCAUUUCAUUUGCCUUUUCGAUGUUCAAACAGAGAAAGCUCGUGAAGAGGCAUGCAGCAGAGAUCUUCACUUCUAUCAUUGUCGCAACACUAUUCUCUUUGUAUUCAACUGCUCUUGUAGGGCGUCUUGUUGGGCUUGAACGAUCUUUGACUAUCUCGAUUUUACCACGGUGUAUCACUGUGGCUUUGGCCCUCAGCAUUGUCUCUUUAUUUGAAGGUACAAAUUCGUCCCUUACUGCUGCUGUGGUGGUGCUGACUGGUCUUGUUGGGGCCAACUUUGUGCAAUUUGUGCUUGAUAAGCUACAGUUCCGUGAUCCCAUAGCUCGAGGAAUAGCUACGGCAUCUAGUGCUCAUGGGUUAGGAACAGCAGCUUUGUCAGCAAAGGAACCGGAGGCACUCCCUUUCUGUGCAAUUGCGUAUGCACUCACUGGAAUCUUUGGCUCCCUUCUAUGCUCAGUUCCUGCUGUCCGCCAAAGUCUGCUUGCUGUGGUUGGUUGAUUUUUUAUUGCUUCAUUCGUUGUAAAUUUUUUCCAGAUAUUACGAAGUAACAUAAACUUCCUAUGUACAUUGACGCAUUGUACAUAUUGUGGCAAAGUAUUUUCUUUUUCUUUGUAGAUAAUAAGAGUUUCAACCUAUUUUUUGCACAUUGUCUAUUUUAAGUUGUCCUCAAAUGUUUAUCAAAGACUAUCUUUGAUGGACUCUUUCACAACCAGGCGACGAAAUUGAAGGGAGAAUGUAAACAUUUGCUGAA